UUUCUAACUAAGAUACUUAUUUUUAGUACAUUUCUAUGAAUUGUAAAACGAAACGAAAAAAAAAAACAGGAAAAACUAGUAAUCUUUUCUUUUUGAGUGUCAAUUUAAAAACUUUCAACUUUUGUAAGGUUUUCUUCUAUCUUUUUCCUAUUUUUUUCCUUUUGAACCUCUAUUUCUCUUUUGUAAAUUUUAAUAAUUUGCUUCUAGGCAAACGCUUCCGUUGCCUUCCCUGACUCAAAGGCAAUGGCAACAGCAUGUUCAAGCCUCUUGUUGUUACCAAAUCUCAGACCGAACUGUAACCACAGACCCAAUUUCAAGUUAAGAGCUGAACUCUCCCGUGAGAUCAAGAAGGCAGCAUCAAUUGAGCAUGUGAACGGUUCGGUCUCUGUGUCUAAUCUACAAAACCAAAAAGGAAGUGAUGCUUUGGCAAAUGAAGUGAACGGGAAAGUAAAAUCCGAGAGGACGAAAGAAGAAAUUGAGCUGUUAUGGGAUGAUGGGUAUGGCUCAAAAUCUGUGAAGGAUUACUUUGCGGCGGCUAAAGAGAUCUUGAAGAAGCCUGACGGUGGACCUCCACGGUGGUUUAGUCUUGUCGAUUGUGGCCAACCCAUCAAAGAUGCGCCUACGCUACUCUUCCUUCCUGGGCUCGAUGGCACAGGGAUGGGGAUUGUUCCACAUCAGAAAGCCCUUGGGAAGGCUUUUCAUGUCUGGUCCCUGCAUAUCCCCGUGCAUGAUCGAACUCCAUUCCUAGGGCUGGUGAAGAUAGUCGAAGAUGUGUUGAGGCAGGAGCAUGCUACUCGUCCGAAUAAGCCAAUAUAUCUCGUGGGCGAUUCGUUUGGUGGAUGCGUAGCCCUUGCUGUCGCAGCAAGAAACCGUUCAUUAGACUUAGUGUUGAUACUAGUCAAUCCAGCUACAUCAUUUGAGAGGUCUCCGCUACAGCCGUUGCUGCCUAUAUUAGAGAUGGUGCCAAAAGAGCUUCAUUUUACUGUUCCAUAUGCUCUAAGCUUCAUUAUGGGUGAUCCGAUAAAGAUGGCUACAAUUGGUAUAGAUAACCAACUUCCAGCAGGAAUAAAAAUGAAAAAGUUGAGAGAGAAGCUUACUAAUUCUAUGCUUCCUCUUCUCUCUGAACUCGGUGACAUUAUUCCCAGGGAAACUUUACUUUGGAAGCUUAAGUUGCUGAGAUCUGGCGCUACUUAUGCCAAUUCCCGCCUCCAUGCAGUUCAAGCCGAAGUCUUGGUCCUUGCUAGUGGAAAGGACAGGAUGCUUCCUAGCCAAGAAGAAUCGAAGCGACUUCAUGGAGUGCUUAAGAACUGUACUGUCCGAUGCUUCAAGGAGAAUGGGCAUACACUUUUACUGGAAGAUAGCAUCAGUUUACUCACCGUUAUAAAAGGUACAUGCAAGUACCGACGCUCCUGGAGAUACGAUUUGAUUUCUGAUUUCCUGCCGCCGAGUAAGGGAGAAUUGGAUUACGCCCUUCAAGAACUGCUCGGAUUCUUACGAAAUGCUGUUAGUUCUGUGUUUCUAUCAACUUUGGAAGAUGGGAGUAUAGUGAAGGGACUUGCUGGUGUUCCGGAUGAAGGCCCUGUGUUACUUGUUGGUUACCACAUGUUGAUGGGCUUAGAACUUGGUCCUAUGUCCGAGGCAUUUAUCAAAGAGAAGAACAUUCUCUUUCGCGGUAUGGCCCAUCCGAUUUUAUAUUCGGAAAAUGAUUCAGAGAAGGACUUUGGUUACAUGGACUGGAUAAAGGUGUUUGGUGCCUACCCUGUCACUGCAACCAAUCUUUUCAAGCUGUUAUCUUCUAAAUCUCAUGUUCUUCUCUACCCGGGUGGUGCACGAGAGGCUCUCCAUAACCGGGGUGAACAAUACAAACUAAUUUGGCCUGACCAGCAAGAGUUUGUAAGAAUGGCUGCACGGUUUGGUGCUACAAUAGUGCCGUUUGGAACGGUUGGUGAAGACGACAUAGCUGAAUUGGUUCUUGAUUACAACGACCUAAUGAAGAUUCCAAUUCUCAAUGACUAUAUCACGGAAAUAACUACCGAUACCAAAAGAUUUAAGUUGAGGGAAGAAUCAAGUGGAGAGGUCGCAAACCAGCAGCUCUACAUACCAGGGCUCUUACCGAAAAUCCCCGGUCGGUUUUAUUACCUGUUUGGGAAACCGAUACGUACCAAAGGAAGACCGGAACUCGUAAAAGACAAAGUAGAAGCAAACCGGGUUUACUUGGAGGCGAAAGCGGAAGUAGAGAAAAGCAUAGCUUACUUGUUGAAGAAACGAGAGGAAGAUCCAUACAGAAGUGUUGUAGACAGGCUAAGUUACAGUUUGACACAUCUUCCUGAGAAUGAUGUUCCUUCUUUUGAACCAUGAUUGAAACAAAAAGGGUACGUUUAGUUUCUGACAAACAAAACAGAUGUAAUUGAUGUGUCUUAUAGAAAAAAUCCAUGUAUAGCAUAUAUCUAAAUUAUUAAAAAAAACAUAAUUAUUUUCAGUUAUUAUGUAGUAUUUACAAGUCUUUGUCA